AUGAGUGCAGCAUCUGCUACUCCUUCCGCCGCUCAAAUCCUCUCGUUGUUCCGCUCUCUCCUACGCGUUGCGCGAGAUUUCCCCGAUUACAACAUCAGGGAAUACACCAAACGACGCACCAUCGAUGCGUUUCGUCAUAACGCGGCUCUCUCCGAAGCGUCUUCAAUUUCCUCCGCCUAUUCCCAUGGCAUGUCUCACCUCGCCGUUGUAAAACGACAGGCCGUUGUGUACUCUCUCUACGCCCCUUCGCUCCGCAGCGUCAUGGAACUACAACAAGCCCCUUUCUAA